ACAUCUCCCUCUCAGUGUCUCUCGUUCUCCUCUUCCUCAGCUUCGGAUCGACACGCAUGGCGCCCCCCGCUUCCCCGAGCAUCCCCCACACCCCUCUCGGGAACCCGCUUUCGCUAUUUCCCCCUCCUCCUCCCCGAUUCCGGGUUCCCCUUUUGUGCCCUACGCCCUUCGUCUCCGGAAGAGUAAGUAGGCUUCGGUGCGAGUUCGACGUGAAGGGUAAUGGUGCCCUCUCUGGCGACAUCGACCCUCGCCUCAUCGAUCGGCAAAAAGCACUGGAAACAGCGAUGAAUGAUAUAAACAGUUCAUUUGGAAAAGGAAGUGUUACAAGAUUAGGCAGUGCCGGUGGUGCUCUAGUAGAGACUUUCCCGAGUGGGUGUUUGACAUUAGAUUUUGCUUUGGGUGGUGGUAUUCCCAAAGGAAGAAUAGUGGAGAUAUUUGGCCCAGAGAGCAGUGGAAAAACUACCCUAGCUCUGCAUGCAAUUGCGGAAGUACAGAAGCUUGGAGGCAAUGCGAUGCUUGUUGAUGCAGAGCAUGCUUUUGAUCCAGCUUAUUCAAAAUCAUUGGGGGUAGACAUAGAGAAUCUGAUUGUUUGCCAACCUGAUAAUGGAGAAAUGGCAUUAGAAAUUGCCGAUCGUAUGUGCAGAUCUGGAGCAAUAGAUGUCAUUUGUGUUGAUUCAGUCUCAGCUCUCACUCCAAGGGCAGAAGUUGAAGGUGAGAUAGGAAUGCAGCAAAUGGGUCUUCAAGCUCGUCUUAUGAGUCAAGCUCUACGGAAAAUGUCGGGCAAUGCCUCGAAAGCUGGUUGUACUCUCAUUUUUCUUAAUCAGAUAAGAUAUAAGAUUGGAGUGUUCUAUGGCAAUCCCGAAGUCACUAGUGGAGGAAUAGCUUUGAAAUUCUUUGCAUCGGUUCGCCUUGAGAUUCGUCCUAUUGGGAAGAUAAAGUCUGCAAAAGAAGACGAAGAUAUUGGUGUCAAGGUCCGUGUUAGGGUGCAAAAAAGCAAAGUCUCUCGACCCUACAAACAAGCUGAAUUCGAAAUCAUAUUUGGGGAGGGAGUCAGUAAAUUGGGAUGUGUUCUUGAUUGUGCUGAAAUGAUGGAUGUUGUGUCGAAGAAGGGAUCAUGGUACAGCUACCGAGACCAGAGGUUGGGGCAAGGCAGAGACAAAGCACUGCAGUAUCUGCGAGAGAAUCCUUCUAUCUGCAGCGAAAUAGAUAAGGCGGUGCGAGCAGUGAUCACAGAUGGGAGCAGACAUAUGAGCCUACUAGCAUUUGGCCAGCCACCGACCGCAGAAGAUGAGCGCGUCUUCGAAUAGUCACGAUUCUGAAAAGUAGCUCGCAACUAACACGUGAAGAUUAAUCACUUAUGUUCAGUGAUCUCCCAUCACUGAAACUUAUCGGCCAAGGAUCAUGGUGGAUCAACUGUAACAAUUGUGGGAUGCUGGGAAAACCGCGCGGCAAGUUUGUGAACUGUGAAAUCAUUUUGUAUGCUUCCACUGGAAAAUGCAGGCACUGUUGUAUGGAGAACCGGAUGUUCCAUGGAAAUUAGAGAUUACUUGUUUCUGCACUAAGCUGUUGCCAUGUAAAGGUUGUCUCCAUAUUUGACUAAAUUAAGGUCGAAAUGUAUCGAAAAGAUAUUUGAUCAGCUUAAAUUGAAACAUUCCUUGCAAUGCUAGGGGGGUGUUUGAU